CAAAAUCGGUGCUCACGACACUGCAAGAGUCCGAUUAUCGAAGUAAUCCCAUUAAAGAAGAAAGAAAAAAAGGAUUUUUGUUUUGAGUUUCGAUUUAAUGGCGGUGGAGGAUUUUGCAAACGCGGUGGAGGACGGUCUAAAGCUAGCGAAGCGGGUAUACUUGGGGAAAGAAAGGAGAGCGGUGGCGCCACCUCAGGCACCUCCGUUGAUGGAGAGGUCACCGAAUUGGUACUUACCGUCGGCGCCGAUUGUAUACGCGGUUAUAUCCGACCCGAUGAUAGUCGACAACCCGGAUAUUCCCAGUUACCAGCCUUACGUGCAUGGAAUGUAUGACCGACCGGCUCUGAUUCCUCUCCAGAUGAUGGGGAUCAAUCUCGAAGUCGAUUGUUAUUUCGAUACCGCCAUUAUUGUAGCUUCUGGGACGUGGAGGGUUCAUUGCGUUAUGGGUUGCCGUUCUUGUGAUUGUCGUAUUGCUGUCCCUAUGGGCCACCAGGGUUCAAUUCUAGGUGUUGAGAUUGAUAUCCCCACAAAAUCGUGUUCUACUAUAAUGAUUGGAGAAAAAGAAAGUACUGCUCUUCGAAAGAUAGCGAGACCAGAAGAUGGAGGGUUUCUGAAACCUCACAUAUUUACGCUAACAAUACCACAGAUUGAUGGCGGUACUAAUAUUUCGAUUAAGCUUCGCUGGUCCCAGAAGUUGGCAUACAAUGAGGGGCACUUUUCGUUGACUGUGCCCUUCCGUUUUCCAGAAUAUGUUACGCCUGCUAUAAAGAAAAUUUCAAAAAAAGAAAGGAUACAAUUGAAUGUGAACUCUUGUAUAGUAGAGGGAAUCUCGUGCAAGGCAACUAGUCAUCCUUUGAAGGAAGUAGGACGGCGUGAAGGGAAGUUUAAUUUCUUAUAUGAAGCAGAAAUUCUUAAAUGGUCAAAUACUGACUUUAGUUUCACAUAUGGUGUUCCUUUGGAGAACAUAUUCGGAGGCAUACUUUUGCAGUCUCCAUCUUUAUAUGAUUACUACCAAAGGGACUUGUUCUGUAUUUAUCUUUUCCCUGGAAGUCAGCAGAGUAUGAAGGUUUUCAGAAAAGAUGUUGUAUUUGUUGUUGAUAUAAGUGACAGCAUGCAAGGAAGCCCACUUGAGAGUACCAAGAAUGCAAUAUCUGCAGGCCUUUCUAAGCUCAGUCCAGAAGACUCGUUUAAUAUUAUAGCUUUUAGCAGCGAGACUUUUCAGUUUUCAACGUCCAUGGUGCUGGCUUCCAAGGAAGCAAUUGAAAGGGCCACUGAAUGGAUUAGUACGAAAUCUACUCUGGGGGGUGGUACAAAUUUGUUUAUUCCACUAGAAAAGGCAGCUGAGAUGCUAUCUAACACCCGUGGUUCAAUUCCAAUGAUUUUUCUUGUUACUGAUGGGUCUGUUGAAGAUGAGAGAAACAUUUGUCAUUGGGUGAAAAAGCGUUUGACAAAUCAAGGUUCAUUAUGUCCAGCUAUACAUACUUUUGGCAUAGGUUCAUUCUGUAAUCAUUAUUUCCUGCGCAUGCUUUCCAUGAUUGGCCGGGGGGAACAUGUUGCUGCUUGUGAUCUAGAUUCAAUUGAAGCUCAGAUGAAAAAGUUAUUUACAAAAGGUUUAUCUACUGUGCUUGCAAACAUUACCAUUGAUGCAUUCGGUGAUAAUGAAGAAAUAGAGGUAUACUAUUCCCGGAUUCCUGACCUUUCACUUGAAAGCCCGUUGACAAUAUGCGGGAGGUACCAGGGAAGUUUUCCCGACAGUGUAAAAGUUAAAGGCAUCUUAGGUGAUUUGAGUAGCUUUAUAAUGGAGUUGAAGAUACCAGAGGCUAAGGAUAUUCCUCUUGACAGAGUAUUAGCAAGACAGCAGAUUGAUCUACUCACAGCUCGGGCUUGGUUAUCGGAAAAUGAACAGCUUGAGGAGAAGGUUGCAAAGUUGAGCAUGCUGACCUGCAACGUCUCCGAGUAUACUCGAAUGGUCCUACGUGAGAAAAAUAAAAUUGUCAAAGCCGCAAAACAUUCUGGAACUUCAAAGAAGAAAGGCGGCGAUCCACACAAAAUAGUGGAUUCCGAACCGUCUGAAAUGAUAUUGCUUCAAACCCUUUCAGUUGGUUUCGGUGACCUGAUUUCGACCGCCAGAAACAUCCAUCCCGGAUCUCAAGAACCGAAAUUGCCUGAAGCUGCGGAGAUUUUUAUUAAGAAAACUUCAAGUUGCUGUGAUCAGAUAUGGAAAUGGUGCUGUUGCACGAGCUGCAUCCAUUGUUGUUCGAAGAUGAAUGCUCAAUGUGUCACUACGUUAACACAGCUGUGCACUGCCCUGGCAUGCAUUGGCUGCUUCGAGUGUUGCUCGGAACUAUGUUGUCCUGGCCAAGACGAUUAAUAAACUCACUUCCGAGAGUCCGACUCACCUCGAUCGGUUCUCAAAU